UGGGAUGGAGGUUUGCAUGAUCUGACAAAAACGGACUAUGUUCGACCGCACCAAAGCAUAGGCUAAUACUUUUUACGCAAACAUAAUGCAAAACUGAACAACUGAACAAUGAAACAAAAAGCAGCUAAUUUUUAUUGAUAGAUUUUAUUAAAACAUACAUUUUAACAUUAGAGACAAUUACAUUAUUUUCCAAAUAAUUAUUUAUGACAUCACAUAAAAAACUAUAGGAGCAUUCUUUUAGGUAUUUGUUUUCUUUUAAGUCUUCCUUAAAUUCUUGCCCCCGUAUACAAAUUAUUUAAAUUACCACCUCUGACGUAAGAUAUGUAUAUUGAUUCCAACACAUGGCAUCUUGUGGCAAUUUCUCAAACUAUAGGGCAAUCUAGUUAGUCUUUAUUGCACUCACACAUCGGUACCAUAACGCGCGUGCACACAAACGCAAACUCGCAGACAUACACACGUCACACUCGAGAAAUAGCAAAAAGCAUAGGCCCUACGCCGAAUAAAGAUAAUGAUGUCUUUGCUUUUAAACAUAGCCUACACGGUAAUAUAAAUUAACAUAAAUAAAUUGAUCGACAUAUUAUAUACACCAAAACACACACAUGCACGAUUAUUUUUUAUCUCAAUUCAAAACAGCUUUUGGUUAAUUGCAACAAUCGAUUUUUCCUUAGCUCUAAACUUCAAUUUCACAAUUUUUGCUUUCUGUCUGUGUAUAAAAACUCGCCACAAAAUUAGACAAAUUACAAAUAAUAAGUAAGAAUUUAGCUGAGUGCAACGCGAUUCGAAAAUGUAAAAAUCGCAUGUAAACAAAAAAGAUUAAUAAUGUUUUAUUCCAUAACAACUACGAUAGCGUGAAAUUGUGCUGUGCUUCAGCUUGUGCAGCUAAACAUAUAAAUCUUUAGCAUUAUUUGUUUAAACAACCACAACACAGAGAUAUAGUAGCCUAAUUGCAGUUACAAAUGACUAAUAUUAAAUGUGAACUUGUCACUAGCGAAUUAUUUGCUCUAUUUAAGAGAGGUGGGAUUACAGCAGUAUGGUAAUUAACUGGGGGUGGGGGUGGCCAUGGGUGGAAUAUCCAUUUUUAUUGCAUCACCUGUCAGUAACGUCCAAUCAGCGUCGACUUCGGGGGCAUUAAUUGAUGAAGGUGUCUCCGGCCUUUCUCAGUUCCCACUGUCAUUUUAUUUGUGACUAAACCAGCAACGGGAAUAGCAGCUGCAUUUUGGGCUCUAUUUCUCUCUCUCUCUCUCUCUCUCACACACACACACUCUCUCUCUUGCUCUCUCUCUCUCUCUCUUGCAUGCUCUCUCUCUCUGUCGCUCACCCUUCUCUCCCUGCCCUACUCUCUUUGCUUCUAUCAUUCUCACUGGCAGUGCUGUUCACCUUCCUCUUUUCCUCAUGGCCAAAUGGGAAGGGAGCUGAGAGAGCGCAGGUAUACAGGAGCUCAGACAGGCAGCAGCCAGCCUGUCGGCAACAUCACACACAUUCCAUCGAUCAUGCAGUGCUCAGGUCAAUGGAUUGAUUGUUUUAAUUCAAGCAGACCAUUUCAUUUUUGUUUUUCUAUGUAAAACUUUUUGUUCAUCACGCAGUGUGGACAUGUCACAGCCUAUGCUGGACUGGCCAGCAGAAUGCCUUGAAAUAAAGCAGCAGCAGCAGCAGCACCAGCACCAGCACCAGCAGUAAAGCUACUUUAAGGACGUCCGUCGCGCUAAAUGUUGGAAUUAAUGCAAUGGAGAAAAUGGGAGACUUGGAAUCCGGUUUUGAGGAAAUGCAGGGUGUUAAGCUUGGCUAUUUGGUUAUCAAAGGCAAACAAAUGUUUGCCCUUUCUCAAGUCUUCACCGACCUCUUGAAAAAUAUCCCGCGGACUACUGUACACAAACGAAUGGACCAUUUAAACGUGAAGAAGCAUCACUGUGAUUUAGAGGAAUUGCGAAAGCUGAAAGCAAUAAAUUCUAUAGCGUUCCACGCAGCUAAAUGUACUCUGAUUUCAAGAGAGGACGUUGAGGCACUGUAUUUUUCAUGCAAAACCGAGCGCGUUUUGAAAUCAAACAAAAGAAGAGAAAAGACAAAGAAAAAAUCUGAAAAAGCGUGCGAGGACAAAAACCACACCGAUGCCAGAAGUGACUUUUGGAGAGAGAAAGUUUGGUUCAGUUUGCAUAGCGUCCCACAGACUUUCUCAUUCAAAAAGAAAGCUGUUCGACAGGACUCUGUCCCUCGCACCCACUCAAAUCUACCUCAAAUUUACAGCAAAUCCUUUGCCCGUGAUUUUCAGCCGGUGACCAAGUCGGCACCUACACCCUUUAAAAACUACGAAACAGCUCAGAUACACGACAACUGCGUGGCUUUUAAUCAGAAACAUGCGUUUAUUCGACACGUUGUGAACCGACAGCCGCUGCUCUAUCAGUCCGCCAUUGCAGCGCAGUCAAAGCACCAAGGCAACGCAGACCUACUUUACAAAAGGAAGAGGAAGCGUGAGAGCAGCGCGAGGCAGUAUUGGUCGAGGAGCAGACGCAGCCACCCGGUUCUGGUCGUCCCAAAGUGCUGUAAACCAAAUGUUUCCAACGGAUCUUUAAGCCAGUUUCACCAUCUCGAGCAUGGAUUGUACGUCGACCCACGGCACACUGGACAUUUUCAGGAAAGCUGCAGCAGUGAUACGGAAUCUAGUUCCAUCUCAGAACGGAUAAACAACGAUUCGGAUUUCGGAUCCAGUUUCUCUACCACCAGCAACUCCGGAACUUCAGACGAAGAGGAUGAUGACUCAUUCUCGGAUUCUUCGGAUGUUAGUACCGAUGAAGAGAGCUCCUCUGAGUCUGACUCGAGCUCUGUGUCCAGUCAAGUUUCGGUGCAGAGUAUUCGGUUCAGGCGUGCAAGGUUCUCAAGUCUCAACACAAAAGCACCUCUGGUCUUACAGCCUACUUUUCACUACAGGCCUGAUUUUCAGAACAUACCUGCCAACCAAGGAGGAUCGACUAUUUUGGAUUGUCACCGAGUUGGCAAAACGCAGAAAGCGGACUGUAGUGCAUCGUUCACGGAUAGAUGCAGGGAUGGUGACGCCGCAAAUGUCCAAAAGUUCUGCGUGGUGGGGGCCUGGUUCCCAGAUGUAAACGGGGGCUGUGAACGUGUGUCACGCCUUGAAUUUUCAAGUGAUCCACAGACUUCCGACUCUAACAAAAUUAAAGAGAUUGGCCUUACACAUAUUGCAAAUGGAAAUAAGGCGUUUCCCCAACAAAGAACACCAGGAUCUGCAAACAAAUGUCCGCAAGCCUUGGUAUCACACUGUGUUCCGGACAAAGGAAUAACGGUUUGUAAUUCAUCUGACAGCAAUCUUUUAUUAGCAGCAAAUUUCAAGAGGGAAUCAAAAACUUCCCUCAAACUGCCCUCACCUCUAAAACACAUCAAAACAGAGGCAGAUGAGCCCGUCUGUAAUAAUGAGGGGAACACGGGUUUUAAAACGUCACCCGUUGCCAUCAGUAACGUGAAAAUUAAAGUUGAGGAUACCUUUGACGAAUAUGAAUAUGUAAAUUAUUUUAAGGAUAGCGAUGCUGAUGGAAAGGCCAUCGGCUACCAUUUUAGGGAAACCGAUCACUGCAAAGACACGAUUAAAACCACGGAAAGCUCUGUGCAAAACCCCCCUGCCUGUAACGAGGAAUCAAGAAGCACUUUACACACUCAUUGUUCCGAGGAAGGAGAAUGCAAAAUUGCAGCAAGGGUCAGGAGAAACCACAGGACAGUGCUUCUGGGUAAAAAAGCCGAAAGGACGUCAUCUAAACAAAGUGCAAAAGUUGACAGGAGCCCCCGUUCUGCAGAAAAAUUUGCAACGAGCGAUGGGUCAGUUGAAGACUGUGUUGGCGCGAGCAAACGAAAGCGGGCGAGCAACAAUAUAACGUCUCAGAAAAAGCCCUUCAGUUUCAUGGCGAAUUUUACCUCUCCGCCGUCACUUAUCAUUGGCAGCGAUGGAGAUUUGAGUCCCGCUUACUCGCUGAACUCUUUAAAAAGUAACCAGCUGCCUCAUCGUUCUCACCCGGUGUGGAGAUGGCAGCUUGGUAGUGCAGUUGUUCCUCCCCAUCCAAGCCACAAAUUUCGGAAAGCCUCUGUUAUUCACUGAACUGUUAUUUUGAGCUCGAUGGAAAUGUUUUCAAACUGUGACCAGCACUGUAUUUUUUUGUUUUGUUUUUUAAAUCCUGGCCUGUUGUUAUGUAGCACACCGCGUCCUUAAAUUUAGUCUGUCGAGGUUGGGACUCUAGAAUAUACAGAGGUAUUUAUUACACGCUGAUCUGUCAAGAAACAGAUAUUUUCGAAAUGUUUUUAUUUACAUUGUGAUGUUGUUGCCGCUGUUGUUUUGGGUUAUACUCUCAUGGAGCAAAUGUUGGUUCAUUUUGCAGGCAGGGUUAACAGUCUCUCAUUCUGGCAUAAUUGUCAGAUCUGUGUCAACAAAAUGGUAAGUUUUGUUAUUGAGACAACUGACUUUGUAUAUUUUAGGCCAGUCAUUUCCUUUUAGGUUUCAUAUGCUAUUCCCAAAAUACUGUCUUUCUCAAUUACUGUUGGCCUAUGAUCUACACUCGUCUUAUUUAUUCAUUUUAAGUUUGUUCCCCACAUGUUGGCGCAUGGCUGUGUUCACUCACAUGCAGCACACAAUAACGGUAGGCUUCAAACAAUAGCCCUCUAACUGACAAUCAGGAGCUUUUUGAUUUGCACGAAGUAAUAGAGGGAAAAACACCGAUCCAAGUCCUUCUAUAGCACAUAUAGUUAGGCUACAGAACAGCUAGAGCACAAAUCUACCAUGCAUUGCACUUUGCUAAUGCCCAAUAAGGUGAAUUAUUUCUUUUUUAUUUUACGAAAAAUAGCCAUCACAGGUAACCCAAAAACCUUUUUAACGAGUUAAUUCAGUUGGUGCUAUUUCUACAAUGUUUGCCUUUGAACGAAAGAUUUGUUAGUCUUCUUAUUUGUAAAUGUUUGAGAUUUAAACGCAGCGACCUACAGGCAUACCGCAAACAACGGUGUUUUGCAUACGUGACGACAUACGUGACGACAAAAAAGAAAAAAGACGUCGGUGCUAGUAGAAUACACACACACACACAUUCUGGUCAGGGUAUAUUUAGUAAAUGUUUAUUUCUCUUCGAUUCAAGUAGCUUUGUCUUUUUGUAUGGUGUUUUGAUUGUAUUUUCCUCAAGGACUGUUUCCAUGGAAUAUAUUGAGUACCUAAAAUCGUUACCUCAAAAAUCGGGGAGAUAACAUUCAAGUAUUAACCUGAUGUUCUGCUAGAGAACCCUGUCCCUUAGAAAUGCCUUGUGAUGAAUGUACUGUGACGUACCAUAUUUGUUUACUUCAGCAAAAGCAGACUGCCUUCGAAACAGGCCUUUACAAGUAAAUUGUUUCUGUGAUUAGAUCCCCCAAGUAGGCCUAAUACAUUUGUACAUCGUAUUGCCAAGAGCCUAAAAGCAGAUAGCCAACUGCUUCCGUGAUCCAAAAACUCAAUUGCAUCCCGAUUUCCUGCACAAAUAAAUACAAAGAAUUUGAGUCAAAUGAACAGGCAUAGACUAUGCAGACUUGGAAAAAGCGAGGCUACUGAAUUAACAUGAUUCUCAUCGAAAAAACUUCAUUUAACGCAUUGAGGCAUGGACCAGUAAUGUGUAUUGUGUGAAGUGAAAUUAUCACUUUGUGAAUGUUAAAAUAUGCGACAUAUUGUGAAUAUCAGACAGGUGAAUGAUUAAAAUAUAAUAGUUUUGUAUUUUUGUAUUUAAUGUCCGCUCCCUUGAGCCUACGAAACGGCUUGUUUUGUUCGUUUCUGUGUCAAAGUGCACUGCAAACUGGCAAAAUAAUAUGUCGACUCAACCUUAGAAGGAUUGAUUCAAAACUAGCCAAAUUAAACACAAUGUAGCGACGUCCACAAUGAACAGAAAUGGGAAAAUGGGCGGUGACUUACAUGGCAAUGAUACACCUGGUCAAGACUGACUGUUUUUAAUCCUUCUGCUUUUGUUACAAUACUUGAGGUCAAAUUUUGACAUGGAUUUUUUAAAAGCUGAAGUCACUGGUUGUUUAUAAAAUGCAUAUUUAUUUUUGUGAUUUUCUCGGUUUUUGUAUACCAUUGUUGUGUAGGAUAAAUGCACUCGAAAUGAAAACUUGAAUAAUGGAUUUUGAAGCACUUUUCCUUUUCUGGUCAAACUGUUCAUUAAAUA